CCAUCCGUCCCUGUGUAGGGAGCGUCCUCCCAGUGCCCAGGGUGGGGGCCUUUGAUGUAGCUGAACCUCCCAGGCCUGGCGAUGCCUGUUUCCAGCCCUGACGGAGGGCGGGAGGCUGGCUCCGGGUGUGUCCUCGGCGUGCGAGCCCUUGCUGGUCUCACGGGCCCCGGGCUGCACACGGGCUCCGGGCUGCGGGGUUCGGCGUCUGAGCUCGCGGCCCAUUAGCUUCUGGCCGCGGGACUGCCGUUGGGUUCAUACUUUCCGCUUGAAACAUCGCCUCUGUGCCUUCCAAGCUGGGAGACAGGAAGUCGACACAUCGAGGGUGGGGUGGGGUCCGGGAGGCCGGAUCUCACAAGCCGCCGGGCUGCGGCCUCCACGGGGGCUGCUUCCGACUGGCGACAGCCAUGGAGAGGCGCUGGGGACUGUUCUGGGUCGCGGUGCUGGGCUUUGUGCUGUGCGUCCAAGGUCAACGUGACUUUGAUUUGGCCGAUGCCCUCGAUGACCCCGAACCCACCAAGAAGCCAAGCUCGGAUGUCUACCCCAGACCGAAGCCCCCGUAUCACCCACAGCCAGGCAUGCCCGACAACAGCGGAGGCAUCUACCCCAGACCGAAGCCCCCGUAUCACCCACAGCCCGACAACAGCGGAGGCAUCUACCCCCGGCCGAGGCCACCCCCGCGCCCCCAGCCCGGCGGUUCCGACAGCGGUGGAGGUUACUUUGGGAACAGGGACCAGGAUGACGGCCGCUACCCGCCCAGGCCCAGGCCACCCGCAGCUGGCGGUGGUGGCUACUAUCCCAACAAUGACGGCCACGGAAACGCCUAUGGAGGAGGGCGUUCUAGACCCAACUCUUACGGAAAUAAUUAUGGCGGAGACGGAUACUCCACGUACGGCAACCAGCAAGGUAACACGAUAGCGAAAAUCGUGUCCCCCAUCGUGUCCGUGUUGGUGGUCAUGCUGGUGGGUGCUGCCACGGGGUGGUUCCAGCGAAACAGGAGGAGAAAUUGUUUCAGGACAAGAGAACCAGAGCACGUGUGACGGCUUCAGGAUCCCGCGGUUGCUUUGAGAGAAGCUCAGUGUAGACGAGGUCCCCGUGUAUUGCUCCCGUGAGAGCUCCUUCCAUUGCGGACAUCAUCGCCACCCUAAAGCAUCUCUGUCUGGAGGGGACCGGCUGCCUGACAAAGAAUUUCUGAUCCGCCGGGCGGGGGAGGGGGGUGUUUAUAAAGAUAAGUUAGCCAAGCCUUGGGUCCUAAGAAGACGGUCUGACCUGCACGUUCGAUGACUCCUUUGACCAGAUUGCGAGGCUGUGGUGGGUUCCCCAGAACUACCUCACGGUGCAGGAUGCGUACAUUGUCCCAAAGUACGACGGGGGUGCAAAGGCAUGAGGGGUCUCGGGCUGGGGGUGCUGUCUCCUUCUGGGGGUUUCGGGGGACCCUCCGAGGGUUUCCAGCGGGCUCUGGGGAGAAACCUGAUCCGUGGGAAGUCUUCCUCAAGGAGCCAGCACCACCCCCUUCCAGCUGGAACAGCAGGAUUCCCGCUGCUCAGUGCUGGCCGUGACCAUGUAACCCUUAUUAGCACACAGUAAGGCUGGCAUUUCCAGUUGCUGGUGCAUACACUCCCUGAUGUGCAAGACAUCGUGGGCAAUCUGUGCAGACUUUUUCUCUUUUUUUCCUGCGAAAUCUUAGGAUUUUGGUAUUUUGGGAAGGGAGAAAAUUGGGACCGGCAGUCAUGAUUGGUGCCUGUUGAGUCUUCCCGUAUUAUUUUUCAUGUGAUAGUCUGUAGGCAAGUGUGUUGAAGGCAAUGGCAUCCUUUUCCUUGGUUUCUACUUUUUUUCCGCCCCUUUUUACUGGAGUAGAAAAUUCUAAGUCCUAAGGCAUCUAAAAAGCAUACUAGGUAUUUGCUUCUAUUUUAGCGACAUUUUAAGGGAAGCUGGGAAAAAGGAAGGAUUUGGGCUCAUUGAUAGAAUUUCAUCCAACUAACGUAAAUGCUUAUAGGACUUUCGGAGUUUGCCCUAAAUAUCAGCACUGAACAUAAAGACAGUUACUGCAAUCCAGAACUCAUCAGGAGGGCCCAGGAAAGUCCUAAAUUGUUGUAUGCACCAUGCUCAUGGUUAUGAACUGGGAGGUAGGUCUCCAGGGAGGACUUGAACGCAGAAAGACCUAGAAAUACCUCCCCAAAUAGAAAAGGGAAUUUACAGCUAACGCUCUUGAUGGGAUGUGAUUCAUAUGUGAUUGGAGCACUUUCAAGAUGGCCGUGGUUACCAUCUGGUUGCUAUCGGGAUGGGAAUGUCCUCCGACGUUUCUCCAGUGUCCCCAUCAAGUGACAAAGCCUCGUGGCCCCAACACUCUUUCUGUAGUCUUUUCUGUGGGUUUCGGUAGGAGUUUAUUUUGAGUCUUGAUAAAAAGUAUGCGUGUGUGUGGACAGACAGACACAUUCACACCGUCACAGACACUCCUGGACGGAAUGGAAGCAUUCAUAACGACAUACGUCCAUUGGUUUCCUGUAACUGCCAUAAGUACAUUUUUAUCGUGUAAAAGAAAUGUAAAAAAAAAAAAUAAAGUAAAAAGACGUCUUCUUUGUUUCCCACCGACGUUGAUGAAACAGCACUGGAAAAUAAAAAUCAUAAGGCAUCGAGUAAA